AUGGCAUGGAGGGAUGGUUGCACUGUUCAGAUUUUACAGCAUGGUAGAUUUUUCAUUGCGGCAUCAGUUCUGACAGCUGGUUCUAAUGAUCCCUAUGGUGUUCUAGGUGUUUAUCUCAGUUCAAAUGAUCAACAUAGAAUGGCUCAAUUUGCUGAAUUAACUUCAGUCACCAAACAGUUCGAUGGUAAGGUUGUGUUAAUGGGGGAUUUUAAUGCCAUUUCUAAUCAAUUGGAGAAAGAAGGUGGGGGUGCUAAAUCUCCUUCUUCUAUUGAAACCUUUAAUAGUUUUAUUGAUGAUAAUUUCCUGAUUGAUAUUGGUAUGGUCGGGAGACCAUUCACUUGGUCAAAUAGACGGAGGGGCGAUGAGUUGAUACAGGAAAGACUGGACCGAUUCCUGGUAGGAGUUGACUGGCAGCAACUCUAUCCCAAUGCAACGGUUCUUAGACUGUCAGAAUCAGGCUCGGAUCAUGCCCCUCUUCUCCUAGACUCUAAUCCGAGAACUGAGAGAUCUAAAUGCCGAUUCAAAUUACAAGAAAGAUGGUAUUUCAAUGAUGAAAUACGCCAGAUUGUUAGAGAGGUUUGGCAUGAACAGAUUGAUGGUUCAGCCAUGUAUAUCCUAGCUCAAAAAAUAAAGCGUUGUCGGCAUAAGAUUGUCAAAUGGCAGCAAGAACACAGAUCUAAUUCGAAGGUGGAGAUUGAUUUACUUCAGUCGGAAUUAGAGGAACUUCGUUUAGCAGGAAUUCAUGGAGGCGACAUCAUUUCAGAAAUAGAGGACAAACUUGAAAAAGCAUUAAAUCGAACCCGAAGGAAUAGAAUUUGGCAACUAACUGGCAAUGAUGGUGAAGUGGCUACUUCAAAUGCUGGUAUUGCUUCUGUGGCUGAAUCUUAUUUCAAGGACAUCUUUUCCUCCACUUGUCAUGAGAACCCUGAACCUCUGUUUACUGAUUUUGAACCUAAGGUUACAGCUCACAUGAACCGUAGGCUUCAAAGACCAGUGACUAUGGAGGAAGUGAAAUGCGCAACAUUUAGCAUUCAUCCUCAAAGUGCUCCAGGAGAUGAUGGUAUGACAGCAAAAUUUUUUCAAAGCUUCUGGAACAUACUUAGUGGUGAUGUGUUUCGAGCAGUUAAGAGCUUCUUUUCUGGGGGCAGAAUCUUGAAGGGUUUUAACCACACUCACAUCUGUCUUAUUCCCAAGAUUUCUGAUGCUAAAGAUAUGACUCAGGCUAAUCCUGAAGCAUGUUCAAAUAUCCUGCAUUUAUUGAAUUCUUAUGAAAGCAUCAGUGGCCAGAGGGAUAAAUACCUUGGUUUACCUUCUACAGUCUCUAAAUCGAAAAAGGCUUCUUUUAGUAUGAUCAAAGAAAAGGUUCAGAAAAGAAUCCAAGGGUGGAAGCGCAAUCUUCUUUCGUCAGGUGGUAAACACAUAUUGCUUAAGGCAGUGGGAGAAGCUAUUCCUAUUUAUACAUUGUCUUGCUUAAAGUUUCCUGGUGGUUUAAUUUCGGAAAUUCACUCUCUACUUUCUCAGUUCUGGUGGGGACAAAAAGGUAAAUACUUUAGCAAUGGUAAUGCUAUAACGGCAAAAAUUGGAGUCUUAACUUCUUGGGGAUGGAGGAGCAUACUGGAAGGCCGAAAGAUUGUUGAAAAAGGUCUUAAUUGGGCUGUGGGUACUGGUGAGGAUAUCCGAACCUUUGAGGAUCCUUGGCUGCCUCCUCCGUAUCCUUUAAUGAUUUCUGACAUGCCAAAUAGACAGGCUAUUUCUGAGUUGUUUCCAAGAGUUAAAGAUCUAAUUACUGAAGAUAGAAAUUGGAAUCAGAAUCUCAUUCAAGAACUAUUUUCCCAAGACGUUGCAAACAGGAUUUUGUCAGUUAAAAUUCAGCAGAGUAGGGACAAAUUGCAAUGGGAUUUGAACAAAUCCAAGCAAUAUGAUACAGCUUCAGGUUACAAAAUUGGCUAUUUAUUUUAUCAUCCGCCUCUGGAGCUUUGCCCUAAUUAUAUGCAACAGAAAAAGCCGUGGAUUGAUCUAUGGAAGUUGAACUUGCCUCACAAAAUUAAGCUAUUUAUUUGGAAAGCUCUCCAUGGCCGACUUCCGGUGCUUGCUCAGAUUCAUCACCGCAUCCCAUCUAUAUCACCAAUAUGCCCUUGCUGUCAUGAAGCAACGGAAACAGUCACUCAUUGUUUGAUCGAUUGCUCUAGAAUUAAAGACGUAUGGUCUCAGAGUUAUCUUCGUGACUGUCUUCCCCCUCAGAGUUCUAACGACUUUUGGACAUGGUGGACUGCAUCAACAGAGAUACUUAACCCGUUGAAGAAUGCUGACCGUAAUCCUCAAUUGCUUGCCAUCAUUUGCUGGAACUGCUGGAAAGCUCGCAACCAGUUGAUUUUUGAAGGUUCUACUUCUAUGCCGUCUGCCAUUCUAGCAAGCUCUGUCAAGUUGCUCCGUGAAAUCCAAAGAACUCCCAGUUUAGGUCGUCAUCUCCAUGAGACAAGCUCUUAG